UUCAGUAUCGGGAUGGGACAUUUAUUAGAUAUAUGACAUUUCAAUUACAAGUUGUGCUAAUGUUAAUAUGCUUAGGGAUUGUUUAACUGAUUUUAUAUUUAGAGCGCAGUACCACACUGUCUGUUUUAUAUAAAUAUGAUUAUGAGCGCGUGUUUACUUUUAUCAGUUAUAACAGUGAUACAUAUUAUUACUACCAGAAAUGCACAACCGCUAGAGGCACCGUAUGCGCAUGCGCAAUCGUCAUCUCACACGCGGGAACGGAAGCUGAUCGGAGGCUUUCAUAACUUUCAGGGCGAACACAGUGUCAGACUGCGGCGUGAAGUAAAGACGGCCCCUGUACGUACGGAGUUAAAUCCGCGGCAAUUAACCGAAGAUGGUGGCGCAAGAGCUAAUAAGAAGCCGCCAUUCGUUGAACUAGCGCCAGAAAUACGAAAGGUCAAGUUAAAUAAUGGCACUGAAGUGUUUGUCGUCGUAGAACAUGGGCCAAAAGUUCCUGCUAACAUACUGGGGCCAGAAGGCAAUUCAUCAUCUGUUACAAGUAAUAAAACGACUCCAGUAACAUCUAAUGCACAGCGGAAUGACACUGCUUUUGACAUUUUAAACGCUGCAGAAAAUAGCACGGAUGCGGACAACUUCAAGCCUAGCAGAAAUGUAGGUAAUUCAUGUUCGAUUAAAAGUGAUACAUCUGCAGAAACAAAUAUAAAUUCACCCGGAACUGCCGUGAUAUACCCAAUUAGUUUUCCCUCUGUUUUUUUUCCUCAAGUUUCGUUCGACUCAAAUACGAAAAAAAUAGCUGAGCGAAAACCAGGACUUAUUGAUAAGCCUACUUCUGAUUCGGCUAAUAAUAAAGUGACGUUUAAUCAAACAAGAACGACUGGCGACAUGGCUUUUAAUUCAGGUGAUAUAACAUCAGAGGAGACAACAGUAUCCCACUAUGAAAUACAAAGCACCCCGUUGAUGGCUGAUGCGGGGCUUAAUGUUAAAAGGACAGCCAUGCUUCCAACUGUAAAGUUGAAUGCAAAGUUGGCAUCCCUAAAGAAGAAAGUACUGAAGUUUUCAGAGAAGCUAUUUGCAGGCAGAACAAUUAAACGGAACAGGAAAGGUACUUAGAAAGGUCUUUGUCAAAAGAAGCAGAAGUCAUCACCGUGACGUAACAGUAACUAAAAUGUAUGCACCAGUCAAUUGUAACAACGCCCCCCCCCCCCCCCCCUCAAGAAGGUCCGCUGAAUAGUGGAGGAAAUGUGCCAUGAUUUUACCUCCAAGGUGGCCACGCAGUGCCGAGUGAGUACGGUAGUUUUGUUUUCGCGCCGAAAAUAGCGGGGAAUGGGCCUUACCUAGGAUGUACCGGGGAUGCGGGGGGCAUUUGGCGAGGAUUUUAACAGCAGUGUGUCCCCGCUGGGCAGGAAUUUUACCCGCGAUUGGCUGGACCGAAAGUCAAAGUCCCCGCUAUUUCUCGGACCUGGAGGGUCGUGGUUACAAUUGACUGGUGCAUUACAAAUACAGAAGGUAUUGGACAGAAUGACAGUUUAACUUAUCAAAUGGAAUAUUUUCUAAACAAUGUUGAUUAAUUCAUAACAAGAAGUGUUUGUGUAUACGUAAGAACACUUAUAUUUCAGAACGUGUUUUAUUGUUUCGGUUAUCGUGUUCCAUCGAUAGUUCACUCGUUUACACCUGGCAAAGUUACAUUUAUCAUAACUGUCAAGAUGCACUAUAAAAAAUCAAAUACAACUAUGGUCAAAGUUUGGGGUUUUGAUACAUCUAUUCCAUGGUGUCAGUGUAUUCAAUGUAUAUGUUGUGAUCUUAAUGAAAAGUGUUACCGUUGAGAACAUGUUUUUUUUUCUUUUAAAGUUUUGUUUUAAAGUGACGAAUUGCGCGUGCAACUUGUGCAGACUACCACUCUACCACUGUUUAAAAAGUUUUCGUGAUUUUCGUGGUUAAAUAGUAUCAGACUGAUAAUGUUUGCAUUCAUUCCUUUUUGAUGUAUUGCAAGACGUUCGUGCUACAUCAAGAGUUUUAGAUUGAUAUAACGACUAAUAAU